UGAAUUCAACUGAAAUCAGACGAGUGCUUUCUACCGACGAGGCAGGUUCUAAAAGUUGAAGGUAGAAAAAAAAGAAAAUUAAAAAAAAUAUAUAACGUCGGUUAAUAAAAUAUUUUUUAAUUAACGGAAUAAAUUAUUUAGUUACAACGGUUUUUGUCUAACAAGUCUUCAUCAUGGGGGACAUGUUCCGGAGUGAGGAAAUGGCUUUAUGCCAAAUGUUUAUACAGCCAGAAGCUGCAUAUACCUCAGUUUCUGAAUUGGGUGAAACUGGUUGUGUACAAUUCCGUGAUUUAAACAGCGGUGUUAAUGCAUUCCAACGUAAAUUCGUUACCGAGGUACGUCGUUGCGAUGAAUUGGAACGUAAAAUUCGUUACAUUGAGGCCGAAAUCAAAAAGGACGGCAUUAACUUGCCCGACAUUUUGGACGACAUCCCCAAGGCACCCAAUCCAAGAGAAAUCAUCGACUUGGAAGCUCAUUUGGAGAAGACCGAAAAUGAAAUCCUAGAAUUGGCUCAAAACGAAGUCAAUUUGAAAUCCAACUAUUUGGAAUUGACCGAAUUGCGUAAGGUAUUGGAAAAUACCCAGGGUUUCUUUUCCGAUCAGGAAGUCCUUAAUUUGGACUCUAGCAACCGUGGUGUUGGUGGUGUUGUCGUAGAUGAUGCUGCUGCUGCUCAAAAUCGUGGCCGUUUGGGUUUCGUUGCUGGUGUUAUUAAUCGUGAACGUGUCUUUGCCUUUGAACGUAUGUUGUGGCGUAUUUCUCGUGGUAAUGUUUUCCUUAAACGUUCCGAUUUGGAUGAGCCCUUAAAUGAUCCCAGCACUGGUCAUCCCAUCUAUAAGACCGUAUUCGUUGCCUUCUUCCAAGGUGAACAAUUGAAGAAUCGCAUCAAGAAAGUGUGCACCGGUUUCCAUGCCUCCAUGUAUCCUUGCCCCAGCUCUCACACCGAACGUGAUGAGAUGGUAAAGGGUGUACGUACACGUUUGGAAGAUUUGAAAUUGGUUUUGAGCCAAACUGAAGAUCAUCGUAGCCGCGUUUUGGCCACCGUCUCCAAAAAUUUGCCUUCCUGGUCCAUAAUGGUCAAGAAAAUGAAGGCCAUCUAUCACACUUUGAACUUGUUCAACAUGGAUGUGACCAAAAAGUGUUUGAUUGGUGAGUGUUGGGUACCCACCAAGGAUUUGCCAGUUGUACAGAAGGCCUUGUCCGAUGGUUCGGCUGCUGUAGGCAGUACCAUUCCAUCUUUCUUGAAUGUCAUUGAUACCAAUGAACAGCCACCAACAUUCAAUCGUACCAACAAAUUUACCCGUGGUUUCCAGAACUUAAUUGAUGCCUACGGUAUUGCUUCAUACCGUGAGUGUAAUCCUGCCUUGUACACUUGCAUUACAUUCCCCUUCUUGUUCGCUGUCAUGUUUGGCGAUUUGGGUCACGGCUUCAUUCUGACCCUAUUCGGUGGCUGGAUGUGCAUGUACGAGAAAUCUUUGAGCCGCACCAAGGGCGGUGAAAUCUGGAACAUUUUCUUCGGCGGUCGUUAUAUCAUCUUGCUUAUGGGUAUCUUCUCAUGCUACACUGGUUUCAUUUACAAUGAUGUUUUCUCCAAAUCUAUGAACAUCUUUGGUUCCACAUGGACUAUUCGUUACAACACCUCUACGGUUUUGACAAAUCCUUCACUACAAUUGAAUCCAGAAUAUCAUGUCGAAGGUGUGUAUCCCAUUGGUAUGGAUCCCAUCUGGCAAAUGGCUGACAAUAAGAUUAUUUUCCUCAACACCUACAAAAUGAAAUUGUCCAUCAUUACUGGUGUCAUUCACAUGAUCUUUGGUGUCUGCAUGUCGGUCGUUAACUUUGUUCAUUUCAAACGUGUGUCCAGCAUCUUCUUGGAAUUUUUGCCACAAAUUCUUUUCUUGGUUUUGUUGUUCGGCUACAUGGUCUUCAUGAUGUUCUUCAAGUGGAUCCAAUACAACGCCAAAACCGAAUUCCAACCCAAUACCCCCGGUUGUGCUCCAUCCGUCUUGAUCAUGUUCAUCAACAUGAUGUUGUUCAAGAACACACCACCAUUGGAUGGCUGCAAUGAGUACAUGUUCGAUAGCCAACCCAGCAUUGAAAGAGUAUUCGUAUUCAUUGCCUUGAUUUGCAUCCCCUGGAUGUUGUUGGGCAAACCAUUGUACAUUAAAUUCACCCGUAAAAAUAAGGAUCAUGCUAAACAUAAUGGUGAAUUGACUGGCAACAUGGAAUUAAACGAAGGUGAAACUCAAUUGCCCACUGCCUCUGAAGGUCAUGAAGGUGGUGCCCACGGUCAUGAUGAUGAACCCAUGAGUGAAAUUUACAUUCAUCAAGCCAUUCACACCAUUGAAUAUGUGCUCAGUACCAUUUCUCACACUGCUUCCUAUUUGCGUUUGUGGGCCUUGUCUUUGGCUCAUGCUCAAUUGUCUGAAGUAUUGUGGAACAUGGUGUUGUCUUUGGGUCUUAAACAAAAGGGCUAUGGUGGCGUUAUCUUUGUUUUCUUAAUCUUCGGUGCUUGGUGUCUCUUCACUUUGGCCAUCUUGGUUAUGAUGGAAGGUUUAUCUGCUUUCUUGCACACCUUACGUUUGCACUGGGUUGAAUUUAUGAGCAAAUUUUACGAAGGUUUGGGUUAUGCCUUCCAACCUUUCAGUUUCAAGGCCAUUUUGGAUGGUGAAGAAGAGGAAUAAGUUUAAGUCCGUUUUUUAGUACUUUUAACUUAUUUCCCAUAUUCCAGUAUUGGUGGUACUCUUCCCACUAUGUAAUUUAUCGUUUUUUGUUUGUUAUUUAAAAAUUUAUUUCAUUUUUUUGUUUGUUUAACUUUUUCUGUCCACUUUGUUAAAUAAUUGUUAAUGUUUAUUGAUAUUAAUAAUCGUUAUAUUUGAAAAAAGCAAUAUAUAUAAUAUAAUUAAAAGAUUUUAUUUCAAUAAAAACAUUUUUAAAGAAGAGAAAGCAGCAAGAAAA